CCCUCGCUGCCCUCCCGCGUGAAGAGUGUCCCGGCUAGCGCGCCGCUCAAGCCACCGGACCUCUGCUGUCACCGCUGCCAUGGCUUCGCGACCCGUCACUCUCGGCAUCGACUUGGGCACCACGUCCGUGAAGGCUGCCCUGUUGGAGGCUGCACCCGACCAGCCAGCCGGGUUCGUGGUGCUGGCCAGCUGCACCCGGGCUGCCCGGGCAGAGACAGAGAGCGCGGCGGCCGGGCCCCAGGGACGAGAGCAGGAUGUGACUAGAAUCAUCCAAGCCCUAAAUGAGUGCCUUGAUGCUCUUCCCCGGCAACAGCUCCAGAGAGUCGGGGCUAUCGGAGUAUCAGGACAGAUGCAUGGCAUCCUAUUUUGGAAAGCAGGUCAAGGCUGUGAAUGGAUGGAUGGAGGGCCUUCCCUUGUAUUUGAGCCCAGAGCUGUGAGCCACUUGGUCACAUGGCAGGAUGGCCGUUGUCACUCUGGUUUCCUGGCUUCUCUGCCCAAGCCAGCAUCCCAUCUCAGUGUGGCCACGGGAUUUGGCUGUGCAACCAUCUUCUGGCUUUUGAAAAACAGCCCGGAGUUCCUGAAGUCCUAUGAUGCAGCUGGCACCAUUCAAGACUACGUGGUUGCCAUGCUGUGUGGCUUGCCAAGGCCCCUGAUGUCUGACCAGAAUGCAGCUAGCUGGGGCUAUUUCAACACCCAGAGCCAAAGGUGGAACUUGGAGAUGUACAGAACUCCAGGGCCCUGUAAGUUUGCUUCCCUCAGGGCCUCCAAUUUUGAACCUUGGCAUACAGUUAAGAGCACAUGGUAGUUCAGGUAAAGACCUUUGUGG